AGUAGACAUGCCUAACGGACCGAGUGGCCGUUUGACGGUGCAUUGCGGACGGAGACGAGCAGCUGACCAGUGCCUCAUCUCCGUCCGACUCAAUCGAGUGCAUUGUAGGAUAUUGUAGUGGGAUUGAGGAGUAUGCCCGUUCUUCGCCAGAGAACAACCUAAACGUCCGCCAAAUGUCGGAAUUUGAGCCGAAGGAUCGUCCGUGCGACUGCACUGUAUCCCGGCAUCUAUGUCAACAGAAAAGGUCUGCUUCCCUGCAACGACAUCCAUAAAGACUGGUCCUAAGAGCGGGCGACUCUCACGAGCAGGAGGGUGGAGCUGGCCAUGUGAAUCAUCUUGAACCAUCAGACUGCUACUCAUGGAAGCUGGAUCGUCAAUGAGGCAGCAGCUCUUCAAUAGGACGGCCUAUGACGAGCCGCAUCACCGUGACCUGAUUGGGCGAGAGAGCAACUGAAUCAAUGCUCCAGAUCCCCGUCCCGGGAAUCUGGAGGAAUUUCUAGACACAGUGGCUCUUACAGCAGUCUGGCACUAAGUACUACAGAGCAGCCUUGUAUUACGGAGCAUGACGCACUCCGAAGUUCCCACAUGCCAUGCAAGCCGCGAAGGUCCCCCGGUCGCCCCUCGUCAUUGGUCUCGGCACUGGCGAUCAGCCGCCAAAAUGGCAACUCAUACUGAAAAGCCGGUGCUGCGUCAUUGCUUUGUGGGGAUAAACUGUCUGAAUAUCUUAGUUUCUGGACUGUCAUUCUUGCCCUCCACUCGUCCAACUCGCGAUGCAUCGUCUGCCGUAUGAUGUGCAACUCGCGAUCGUGCGCCUUCUGAGUGUUCAAGAUGUCAUCAGGUUUUGUGCGACCUGCAAAGCAUCUCAAGAAUUCAUGCGCGACCGCACAAUCUGGCACCACAUGCUGUCCCGCCUCCUACUACACUUCCCCAAUCCGCAGCUCUCUCUGCGCCUCGUCAGCAUGGAAGUGGAAGAGAUGAAGAGGUGGGUCCUGCACUCGGCCAAGCUCGAUCGCAUGUGGCACAAGAUCGACUACCAUCCCCGAUUGAUUCGCGACCUCCACUGCGACAAAAGGGUCGAACAUGUGAACCUGGUGGCAGGCGGAGACUGGCUCGUCAUCGUCUUACGCGACGGCUCACUACAGCUGCACGAGCUAGGCGCUACCGCACCCGCCGCUACGUUGUCGCAACCGCUGACACAGGACGAGUCCGUGCUCUACUUGAGCUCACGUCUGUCUUUGACUCACGAACGCGAGGACCUGAUCAUCUUACAGAUGGGCGUGCGGUACAACCAGUGUAACAUCUACGUCUAUCACAUCGCAGUCGUCGAUCCCGUGCCUACAUUUCUACGGGUUGGCAAGAUUUCUGUCACAGGCUCUGUUUGGUCUUGCGCUUCUGGCCUACAUGUGCUCGUGUACGGCCUCGAAAGCGGCGAAGGGGACAUGAUCCUGCACGUCUACCCUCUGGGCCGGCAAUACGCGGACGUCGAAGGCCCCGCAGUGUCAAUGAACAUAGGACCGUGGUCGGCAGACGAAGACUUCACCAUCUCCGUCCUUUCCGACAACCAGAUCAUACUCGCCUACCAAGGCGUCUGGAGCACGACCGCUGAUAUCGGCUCGGGCAUAUACCGCAUCAGCCCCUUCGCCCACAGCGCGAACGCACGCACACACCCGCUCGUCAUCGCGGGAACGCGCGCUCUGCACGUCCUCCGCGUCUUCCCCGACUCUCGCGUCGACUACCGCGAGGUGCCGUACCCGCUCGCGCUCGGGGCCGAGGUCGGGUACAUGGGACUCGGCGCCGUCGGCGUGCGGCGCGCGAUCUGGGACUGCACAGAGGCGCGAAACGGGUCGCUGCACGUGCACUUCCGGACGGGGACGAGCACGAGCUCGAGGCGAGAGAGCUGGGCACCCGGGGCAAGCUCGGCUCGUUCAGCGUCAGGCUCCAUCCCGAGGAGCACCUGGUGA